AAACCUUGUAGCAAUGUUCCCUGUGCGUACAUAUGCCCACCCUGCCGCCGCCGGACAUACAGUGACGCCGCCGCCCGAUGUACAACAACAACGCGGCUCUCUGUACAGCCACACCGUCGCCGGAGAGGAUGUCAGCCGUUCGUGCCAAUCUAAGGGCCUGGGAGCAAAAUCGGCAACCCAAAAUAGUCAAUCUGAGAGGACGUCCAUCCGAUCUAGGUGCCAUGGUGUCUUCAACGGUCGUCGCUCGCACAACAGCCUCCGCCCACAGUACAGCCGCGACGCCUCCACAACCGUCCGGCCAGAGAGCAAACUCGUCGAUCUAGAGCCAUGGAUGGGAUUCGCCAGAUCUGGAGCCAUGGAAGGGAUUUGCCUCACUGGCGGAUAGGUCUGUCCUGAAGCGGGAAUUCGAAAGCCUCAGGAAUUUGAGUGUUAAAAAAUUGAGGAUUGAGAAUUAGAGUUUGAAAAGUAUUCUUCUUAAUGUCCUAAACGGCGGCUUCAAAAUUAGAGUUUGAAAAGUGUUCUUCAUUUUUCUAGUUUUGAGAUUAUGUUCGGUUGAAUUUAGGUUUUGUGGGCAUUGAACAUUGGUAGUGAAUGUUGAGUAUGGCACUGAAAGUGAAUUGAAUGCAUUGAUGAACUUUGUUGUGUAGUGACUAUGACCCGUAGUACAG